AUUGGUAGGCGCUGAGGUACUGCGUCCUUUCCCUUAUUCAUCGCAUGAAUGAAAAAUAGACAAUCUGUAUAUACCAUAUACAGUAACUAUAAGUAUCUAUUUAUUUUCUGUCGGCUUUGGCACGGUUAAAGUUGCAGAGCAACUUGCAAUUUGCACCAGAGCUGAAAACCCUCGCAGUCAUGGCGAUAGUAAACAACAACGUAGAAAUCGCUGGUUUAGAAGAUGGGUUUUCAGCCCACAAGCUUUUCACGCAGGGAUACUCGUAUACUUAUGAUGACCUCAUUUUUCUCCCCGGAUAUAUCGAUUUUGCUACCGAGUCUGUGGAUUUAUCUACGCGUCUUACGAAAAAUAUAGUUUUAAGAACACCGUGUGUGUCUUCUCCGAUGGACACAGUCACAGAAACUUCAAUGGCAGUAGCCAUGGCUGCCCUUGGCGGAAUAGGCUUCAUUCAUUACAACAAUCAUCCAGAAGAACAGGCCGAGCUUGUAAAAAAAGCGAAAAAAUCCCGACUAGGGUUUGUUGCUGAUCCGGUCUGCUUUAAACCCUCGGACAGCGUUAAAAAGAUCGACGCUUUUAGAGAAACGCAAGGGUUUUCAUGUGCACUGGUUACGGAAACAGGGGCCGUGGGGUCCCAGCUCUUAGGAAUUGUUACAGAAACGAACUUAGCUUUUGAUGCCGAUGCGUCUAUUGUUGGGAAAGUAAUGAUGACAGAUGUGGUUACGGCACGGGAAGGUUUAAGUUUUGAAGAGGCUGCAAGUAUUCUAGUUGAUAAGGAAUUGGAUCAUCUUCCUCUUGUUGAUGAAAAUGGGUAUGUCGUAGAGCUUUUGUCGAGGAAUGAUGUGGAAAGAAUUAGGCGGAAUCCUGCGUUGGGGAGUCCUUCUGUUGGAGCUGAUGGGAAGAUACUCGUUGGGGCAGCCAUUGGGACUAGAGACUCUGAUAAGGAAAGGCUUCGGCUGCUUGUGGAUGCUGGUGUGAAUGCCAUUAUUUUGGAUAGCUCACAGGGGGAUUCCAUUUACCAGAGAGAUAUGUUGGCUUAUGUCAAGAAGGCUUACCCUGGAUUGGAUGUUAUUGCUGGAAAUGUGGUCACUACUUACCAGGCCAAGAAUUUGAUAGAUGCAGGGGCGGAUGCACUCAGAGUUGGGAUGGGCUCAGGUUCAAUAUGCACCACACAAGAAGUCUGUGCUGUUGGAAGAGGACAGGCAACAGCAGUCUACAAGGUUGCAUCUGUUGCGAUGGAGAGAGGGAUUCCUGUCAUUGCUGAUGGUGGGAUUGCAAAUUCAGGACACAUUGUGAAGGCCUUGACAUUGGGUGCAUCUACUGUUAUGAUGGGUAGCUUUCUUGCUGGUUCGGAGGAGGCUCCCGGUAAUUAUUUUAUUCAGGAGGGGAGACGUACCAAAAAAUAUAGAGGCAUGGGUUCUCUGGAGGCCAUGGCAAAAGGGAGUGAUACAAGAUAUCUUGGGGAUAAAUCUAAGCUAAAAAUUGCACAGGGGGUCUCAGGGGUGGUGACCGAUAAAGGCUCCAUUUUAAAGUUGAUUCCUUAUACUAUGCAUGCAGUGAAGCAAGGCUUCCAAGAUCUUGGAGCAUCAUCUCUGCAUGCUGCUCACAAGAACACCAGAUCGGGAAGUUUGAGAUUAGAGGUUCGGACUGGUGCUGCUCAGGCUGAAGGUGGCGUCCAUGACUUGUUCUCUUAUGAGAAGAAGCGAUUUUGAGUUCCAAGUUAUUAUGGAUAGAGGUUUUCUAUCACACCACUUCAUCUGCACAGAUAGGCAAUAUGUAUGAAGUUAAUGAAUUGAAGGAUUCCAAGGUGAAGGUUAUAGUUAUUUACAAAUUUAAUAUAUGAUAAGUAUCUAUAUAAAUAAAUUUGUUUUCCUUAUGUCUUUUA